AUGGACUGCACUAUACUGUCCAGAUACAUCCAAAGGCUGACUUGCGAGUACAGACAAGAAGACAAAGUGAUCGGCAGUACAGAUCCCAAAGUUGCAGUGGACCCCACCUUCAAGAACCACGCUAAUGUAACUUUGUUGGAUGGAAAUGUGUGUCGCCUCCUCUUGACGGGAUUCUCUGAAGACAAGCCCAAAAACUAUACCUGCAUCAUCACCCAGGGCGAAACUGCAAACAAGACUGCGGUUGUGGACAGCAUGGUGCAAUGUUUAUCCUCAGAAGUGGAAGUGAACGAAUUGACUUCUUCCUGUCAAACAAAAGAGAAAAUUCUAAGGAUGGACUGCUACUAUACUGUCUCAAAUACAUCCAAAGCGCUGACUUGCGAGUACAGACAAGAAGACAAAGUGAUCGGCAGUACAGAUCCCAAAGUUGCAGUGGACCCCACCUUCAAAAACCACGCUAAUGUAACUUUGUUGGAUGGAAAUGUGUGUCGCCUCCUCUUGACGGGAUUCUCUGAAGACAAGCCCAAAAACUAUACCUGCAUCAUCACCCAGGGCGAAACUGCAAACAAGACUGCGGUUGUGGACAGCAUGGUGCAAUGUUUAUCCUCAAAAGUGGAAGUGAACGAAUUGACUUCUUCCUGUCAAACAAAAGAGAAAAUUCUAAGGAUGGACUGCAACUAUACUGUCCCAGAUACAUCCAAAGUGCUGACUUGCGAGUACAGACAAGAAGACAAAGUGAUCGGCAGUACGGAUCCCAAAGUUGCAGUGGACCCCACCUUCAAGAACCACGCUAAUGUAACUUUGUUGGAUGGAAAUGUGUGUCGCCUCCUCUUGACGGGAUUCUCUGAAGACAAGCCCAAAAACUAUACCUGCAUCAUCACCCAGGGCGAAACUGCAAACAAGACUGCGGUUGUGGACAGCAUGGUGAAAUGUUUUUCCUCAAAAGUGGAAGUGAACGAAUUGACUUCUUCCUGUCAAACAAAAGAGAAAAUUCUAAGGAUGAACUGCAACUAUACUGUCCCAGAUACAUCCAAAGAGCUGACUUGCGAGUACAGACAAGAAGACAAAGUGAUCGGCAGUACAGAUCCCAAAGUUGCAGUGGACCCCACCUUCAAGAACCACGCUAAUGUAACUUUGUUGGAUGGAAAUGUGUGUCGCCUCCUCUUGACGGGAUUCUCUGGAGACAUGCCAAAAAACUAUACCUGCAUCAUCACCCAGGGCGAAACUGCAAACAAGACUGUGGUUGUGGACAACAUGGUGCAGUGUUUAUCCUCAAAAGUGGAAGUGAACGAAUUGACUUCUUCCUGUCAAACAAAAGAGAAAAUUCUAAGGAUGGACUGCAACUAUACUGUCCCAGAUACAUCCAAAGUGCUGACUUGCGAGUACAGACAAGAAGACAAAGUGAUCGGCAGUACGGAUCCCAAAGUUGCAGUGGACCCCACCUUCAAGAACCACGCUAAUGUAACUUUGUUGGAUGGAAAUGUGUGUCGCCUCCGAUUGAUGGGAUUCUCUGAAGACACGCCCAAAAACUAUACCUGCAUCAUCACCCAGGGCGAAACUGCAAACAAGACUGCGGUUGUGGACAGCAUGGUGCAAUGUUUUUCCUCAAACGUGGAAGUGAAAGAAUUGACUUCCUGUCAAACAAAAGAGAAAAAUCUAAGGAUGGACUGCAACUAUACUGUCCCAGACACAUCCAAAGCACCGACUUGCGAGUACAGACAAGAAGGCAAAGUGAUCGGCAGUACAGAUCCCAAAGUUGCAGUGGACCCCACCUUCAAGAACCGCGCCAAUGUAUUCUUGCUGGAUGGAAAUGUGUGUCGCCUCCUCUUGACGGGAUUCUCUGGAGACAAGCCCAAAAGCUAUACCUGCAUCAUCACCCAGGGCAAAACUGCAAGCAAGACUGUGGUUGUGGACGGCAAGAUGCAAUGUUUUUCCACACAAGUGGAAGUGAAAGAAUUGACUUCCUGUAAAACAAAAGACAAAAAUCUAAGGAUGGACUGCAAGUAUACUGUCCCAAAUACAUCCAAAGCGCUGACUUGCGAGUACAGACAAGAAGGCAAAGUGAUCGGCAGUACGGAUCCCAAAGUUACAGUUGAAUCAACCUUCAAAAACCGCGUCAGUGUGACCUUGCUGAAUGGAAAUGUGUGUCGCCUCCGCUUGACGGGAUUCUCUGAAAACAAGCCCAAAAACCAUACCUGCAUCAUCACCCAGGGCACAAGUGCAAGGAAGUCUGUGGUUGUGAACAGCAAAACUCUGAUUCCCUGUUCUGCCAUCAGCGUGCUGUUCCAGACGAGCCCUGCAGUGCUGCUAACGCUGCUCCCUGUGCUGCUGGAAAUGUGGCAUUUGUGAAGCGGUGGAGUGCGGAAGGCAUGAAAUCAAUAGUUUUAUUUGAAUCAGGCCUUUAAAUCCGUUUUAUUUGAAUCAGGCCUUUAAAUCAGUUUUAUCUGAAUCAGUCCUUUUUUGUUUGGCUCACCUACUGGAUAUAUAAACUUGCUACCUGACAUUCUAGAAUGCCUGCAGAUUUCUGUAUGGAUAUUGCAAAAACACACAAUUUAUAGCUUGACAGGAUUAUUUUAUGACUGAAAACAUUUAUGACCAUCCAGUGUGAAUGCCUUUUUCUUUUUUUCUUUUCUCACAAUGUUUGUGUUUCUUCAAGCUUGUAUAACCUUUUUAGUAAUUGUGUAUCUGGAUAAACAUAAUAAUAAUAAUAAUAAUAAUAAUAAUAAUAAUAAUAAUAAAUAGCCCCUUCAUUCAUAGGUUAGGCUAAAGGAAAUAAAUAGUUCAAGUAAACUACACUGUGUGUGUGUGUGUGUGUGUGUGAGAGAGAGAGAGAUAACUCCUGCUCAUAUACCCACACUUGAUUUUUAAUAAAUGUAUAAAACAUU